CCUUGUACGUGUGUUAGUGACGGAAUCAAGCACGUCGACCUCCAUUAAAUUUUUAUAAUUUUCCUUCAAAGCUUCGAUUUUGACCUUCCGGGUUAAAUCACGGAAGAGUUUCCUUUUCGGGUAGCCGCCGCAAUUUUACAUAGCAAGCGAGAAAAAAAAAAACCCUAAAAUCUGGGAUUGUACGAGGAAGAGGAAGAGCGUUGGGUGUCGAUUUGGAUUUUUUUCUCUCGUUCCAUCCGGAUUCAAAACCCUAAAAUCGGCUUUCGAUUGCUUAGGUGAUUUAUUGAAACCCGUGGUUUCUCUUCUGUUUGAGAUUUUAGGAUUCUGAAUUUUUUUGAAUAUUACAGACGUUGUGCUUUUCUCCCUGUCAUUUUUUUUGAGCAACAUAGCGAUCUAUCUAUCUGUAUAUACACACUUGUAAGUAGAAUAGUGAGGAAGAAGGUGAAAUGAGUAGGCUCUCUUUCCGGCCACGGCCAUUGGACAUACACAAGAAGCUUCCUAUUUUAAAAUCGUUUAAAGACUUUGAAGACGACGACACGCCAACUUCUACUACUAGAAAUUCUCAGUUGCUGCGUAUAGCUUCCGUAGAGGUUGACAAUGAGGUUGCUCCAGUGCCAACCAAGAAGCCAGCUUCAGAAAUACCAACACCUCAAUUUGUUAUUGUGGAUACUUAUGAAAGGGAUUAUUCUCCGACUUUUGGUCAGCCUGCUUCUUAUCUACGUGCAAGAGGAGCUCGGUCUGAGCUUGGAGAAUUUGUGGAGUAUGAUCUUGACAAUGAGGAUGAAGACUGGCUUUAUGAGUUUUAUAAGAAUAACGAAGAACUUUCACCUGAAAAGCUUGAGAGCAUUAUAUUUAAACUAGAGGUUUUGGAUCACAAGACGCGGGAAAGAGCUGGAGUUAUUACGCCUACUCUCGGUUCUCCGGUUCCUGUGCUUUUGCAGUUUGAUGCUGCUGUUGAUGCACUGCAAUCACUGUCCAUUAAUUAUGGAACCUUUCAGGCUAUCUUCAACUACUGGAAAGACAAGCGCAAAAGAUGGCAGAAGCCAGUCUUGCGGCGUUUACAGCCUCCUCCACCGGUCAAUGAUACCAAUCCCUACAAUGUGUUUAGGCCACGGGAAAAAGUUCAUAGACUCCACACAAGAAGGAUGCAGAGGAGAGAGAACAAUGUGCAGUCAUUUGAAAAGCUUCGACAGGUUAGACGCAAUCUUGGCCAAGCACAGACCAUUCUGGAGGCUCUUAUAAAGAGAGAAGAGAAGAAGAGGGAUGUUAUGGACAGUGAGGUUAGCCUUCAGAGAAUCCAACUCCAAUUAAGGCAUGAAACAGAGCUCUUGGAAGAAAGCUUGGCUCUGCCUGGAUUUCCACCCACUACAACAUCAUACAAAUUUGGGUCAAGCGACGAUGAGUUGAUGGACUCAGAUGAUUACACUAGUACCCGUGUACGAACUCGACCUGCCGUUAUCCCUAAUUCUCGAUUCACCAACUUAAAUCUGAAUGCAUCUCAAGCGGGAGGCAUCAAGCAAGAAGUUAGAAGACGACAGUCACAUCACGGAUGGCUUCACAGACUGGAUCCUAAUGAACCGGUUAUGCUGUUCACAAAACCCCUGGUUCCCGAUAAAUUGGCAGCUGCGGGGAUUGUUCCUCCAGCACCAGAUUCAUCACUGGGCCAAACGCCAAGCCGGUUUCAGGGGAGGAUUGGGCGUGGUGGCCGGAUAAUUUUCGAUAGAUGGAAUCCAUUGAUGCAAUCUCACAUAAAUUGUGGAGACUCUUACUACAUUGCACCAAAACAACGAUCCAACAACUUCAGUUGAAAUAUUUCAGGAUCUCUUUGUAAAGAAUUUUCCAUCACCAAUGGUGUGAUGAAGAAGUGUAACAACUUCAGUUAUUAUUAUUAUAUGUAACCCUCAGGUUUUAUCGGUUAAGGGAAUGAUUCGGUUAAUAUAUUAUCCGGUUAUAUAA